AUGGUUCGCAUCACCUUUGCCGCUAUCCUCGCUAUUGCCAUCCCAGCUCUAGCCAUCACCCCCGACCCCGCCGGCGACAAGAACGUCGGUAACGGCCAGGGUGUCCAAUUCAUCGGCGGCCAAUGCCUCAGCUCAGCAGACUGCGCAUCAACAUGCUGCGCCGUAGUCACCGGCCAGAACUUCGGUGUGUGCUCCGGCCUCGGCGCUCAGAACCAAGCCGGCAAGGCAGGCUGUGGCUUCGGUGACGGUGGUGCCGCCCAGGCCGCGUCAAACAGCACCGGCUCCAACUAA